AUGAUGAGAUCAAGCCUUCUUGUACUUGUGGGGAUCCUCAUCCUCUGUGCUGAGCUGACAUCGGCAACUAGUCCUCUAAAGCCACCUUGUCCAUCAGGAGGGAAGCCCGGGCACUGCCCCAAGGCACCGGCCUUUGGACUAUGUGUGGAUAGAUGCUCUGCAGAUGAUGCAUGCCCCGAAGAUCUGAAGUGCUGCAGCAACGGCUGUGGCCACACUUGCCAAAUGCCAAUAUACCACAUAAAGCCUGGCGAGUGCCCCAUGUUCAAAAUCCCUCCUGGGCUGCCUUGUAAACUGCACUGCUGCCAGGACAGUGACUGCCAAGGGACCGAUAAAUGCUGCCGGAUGGGCUGCAGCAAGAUUUGCGCCCCCGCAGGUUUGCCGCCGCCUCCCGACUCUCAGGCCUAGACUCCCAGAGGGUGCAGCCGCCUGGAGGAGUCCUACUGAAG